ACUUCAAUCUUAAGGCAUCUUACUCAUUUCCUUUCAACUCACUCACUCAAUUCACCUCUUCCCCUUCUUCUUUCCCAAGAAAACUCAUUUUAUCCAAACAGGGAAUCAUUUUUCCCCAGAAAAAUGAAAAAAAUUCAUACAAUUACCGCUGUUUCGACAUUCCUGGCUAUGUUUUUGAGUUCAGUACUGGUUGGUUCAGCAGAAACCAGUUCCAACGACAUCAAAUGCACCCCAUGCCAGCAACAAAACCCAUCGCCGCCUUCACCGUCUCCACCUCCACCUGCUUCUAGCUCCAACUACUGUCCACCACCGCCGUCUCCACCCAGCUCUAGCGGUAGUGGUGGUAACUACUACUACUCUCCACCACCACCACCAUCACAAUCCGGAGGUGGUAACAACUACUACGCUCCUCCGCCGCCAAAUGGCGUCAUCGGUGGCAUGUAUUACCCUCCACCGACGUACAAAAACUACCCAACGCCGCCACCUCCGAACCCCAUUGUGCCUUACUUCCCAUUUUAUUACCACACUCCCCCGCCGCCUUCGGGGUCUGAAAAAUUGCUAGCUUGUUGGGUCUCAACUCUUGUUCCCUUGAUGUGUUUCUUCCUUCAUGCCUUUAGACAUUGAAGAAAGGAAAAUGGUGAAAAUAAUGUGGCAGAUCAGGGGAAAAUGAAGAAGAUCAAGCAAAGAAAACUACAAAACACGUGGAGUAAAA